AUGAAAGAACCAUUAGCUCCUACUGUUGUGAAUAUUUCUGAUUGUGGAUCAAUGAGUUCCUGCAAAUUUGUUAAUUUUGUUCUGGAUGCUGCUGUUCAGAAUUUAGGAAGUCGAAUGUUUCGCGCAUGUCCAUUUUUAGAAUCUGUUGAUCUUUCAAGUUCAAUUGCAACAGUUUUACCAUUUGAUAGUUUUGUUGAUUGCAUGAAAUUAGUAAAUAUCAUACUUCCAGAUACAUUGAUUUCACUAUCAUUCAAUAUCUUCUGUUUAUGUCAAUUACCAAUUUUGAAAAUUCCUUCAUCUGUCAGUUAUAUGGAUCCUAAUACGUUCUUGUAUUCACAGAUUCAUACGAUAGAAUAUUGUGGAUUUCAUCUUUUGAAUGUUUCAGCUCCUUUAAACUGCAUUCUUAAAACAAACACAAAAUACACAGAGAAAUAUUUCAUGCAGCAAACUGAUUUUUUGAGAAAUUUAACUAGUUGUCUUCCUGAAAGAACUCCUUUUCCUAUUGCAACCAAAAUUCCUAAAAAUAUUGCAAGCUGUGUGCAACGAGCAUAUUCUUCAGUCCAAUUGUUGCCGUAUUGCAUGUUAUUUGCUAUAAUUAUUUCAUAG